CUUUGUUCCUUUACAUUCAGUUUUUCAAUUUUGAGGACAGUUGUCAACGAGUUGUUGCAAGCACUUUUAAAUACAAAAAAGGAUAUAAAAUUAAUAAAAUGGAAAGUGCGGGGAAACAGGACAAUAACGCCACACAACCGUUGCCCCAACGCCAGCAGCGGGGAAAUCAGCAGGCCAACAAAAAUCUCGGAAAGCACAAUGCUCAAAAACAAAAUGAUUCCGUGGAUGGAUGCCCGGCUGAAAAGAAGUCGCGAUUCGGUGGUCCAAAUGCCCAGAAUCAGAACCAAAAUCAAAAUGGUGGUGGUGGUGCAGCUGGUGGCCCCAAUCAAAAUAAGAACUUUGGAAACAACAAGGGUGGGUUCGCUGGAAACCGCAACCGCAACAACAACAACAAUCGGGCUGGAAAUCAAAACCGGACUUUUCCAGGCACUAACAAUGCCAAUCAAAAGCCCAAUAACGAAACAUCAAAGGCGGACGGUGCUAAUGCACCUGCCAAGAACAAUGAACCGCCAACUGUAGCUGCUGGCCAAAAUCAAGCGAAUCAGAACGCCAACAAGGGCCAAAAUCAACGGCAAGGGCAAAACCAAAAUCAAGUCCAUGGUCAAGGGAAUCAAGGAGGACCUGGCAAUCAAGGAAAUCAAGGAGGAGCAGGCAAUCAAGGAGGCCAAGGAAAUCAAGGAGGACCAGGAAAUCAGGGAAAUGGUCAAGGAUUUAGAGGUCGCAACGUUGGUAACAAUCAAGGUGGCAAUUUCCCCGGAGGUCCGCAGAACCAGCAGCGUGACAACAGAAACCGGGGUGGUCCACGCCCUGGCGGAGGUCCUGGUGGUAUGAUGAACAACACCAAUAUGGGUGGUGGAGGUGGUGGUCCGCGCGGCGGUGAGGACUUCUUCAUUACCCAGCGGUUGCGCGGCAUGGGUGGACCCACCUUUGAGCUGGAACCGGUGGAAGUGCCCACGGAGACCAAGUUCUCUGGACGAAAUCGUCUCUAUGUGGGCAACCUGACCAAUGACAUCACCGACGAUGAGCUGCGCGAGAUGUUCAAGCCAUAUGGCGAGAUCAGCGAGAUAUUCUCGAACCUGGAUAAGAACUUUACAUUCCUAAAGGUCGACUAUCAUCCCAAUGCCGAGAAGGCCAAACGCGCCCUGGACGGAUCGAUGCGAAAAGGUCGCCAGUUGCGGGUACGAUUCGCCCCCAAUGCCACCAUUUUGCGGGUGAGCAAUCUCACGCCGUUUGUGUCCAAUGAGCUGCUGUACAAGUCCUUCGAAAUCUUUGGUCCCAUCGAGAGGGCCAGCAUCACAGUCGACGAUCGUGGCAAGCAUACGGGCGAGGGUAUAGUUGAGUUUGCCAAGAAGUCAUCCGCCAGCGCCUGCCUGCGACUGUGCAAUGAGAAAUGCUUCUUUCUGACUGCUUCCCUACGGCCGUGCCUGGUGGACCCGAUGGAGGUGAACGACGACACCGACGGACUGCCGGAGAAGGCGUUCAACAAGAAGAUGCCCGACUUUAACCAGGAGCGGAGCGUUGGUCCGCGCUUCGCCGAUCCCAAUUCGUUUGAGCACGAGUACGGAUCGCGCUGGAAGCAGCUGCACAAUUUGUUCAAAACCAAGCAGGACGCACUCAAACGCGAGCUGAAAAUGGAGGAGGACAAGUUGGAGGCUCAGAUGGAGUACGCUCGCUAUGAACAAGAAACUGAACUGUUGCGUCAAGAGCUACGAAAACGCGAAGUGGACAACGAGCGCAAGAAAUUGGAGUGGGAGUUGCGCGAGAAGCAGGCCGAGGAGAUGCGCAAGCGCGAGGAGGACACCAUGCGACGCCAUCAGACCGAGAUGCAGAGCCACAUGAAUCGGCAGGAGGAGGACAUACUCCGUCGGCAGCAGGAAACACUGUUUAUGAAGGCGCAGCAGCUCAACUCGUUGCUGGAUCAGCAGGAGGGAUUUGGGGGCGGCGGCAACAACUCCAGUUUUGACAACUUCGGAGGAAACAGCAAUUCGCCAUUUGAAGUUUUUAGAGGCAACAACAACAACAAUUCCACAAUGAUUGGAAACAAUUCUGGCCCCAACACACAGGACUCCUUCGCUUUUGAAUUUGGGGUUAACAAUAUGAACCAAGGCGGCAAUCAACGUGGAAAUAAUGGCGGAGGAAAUAAUGUCCCAUGGGGACGACGACGUUUUUAGACACUGGAUCGAUCAAACAUAUAAGGAUGAGAUUUGACGUACUCUCAAAUAUUGAUAACAUUUCACAUUUUAACUUUGUUCGCUUGCGAGCAAACAGAACGAACUUGCUUAAAAGGAUCGUCUUGUCGAAUGCACCCAAAUAUGAUUUGAUUUAAUAUUUAGUCAAAUAUUAUCAAUCGUCUAUCGGUCAUACAUUUUAGAGGCAACUAACAAACUAUGAGUAAUGACACGCAAAGGAUGAACCUUACAAAAUAUUAUACAAUUUGAAUCCAAAAAUGAUUGCUUAUAAGUGCAACGCUGCACCAAAAAACGAAAUCAUUACGUACAUAUGCUUAAUCAUACCUAUAAUUUAAGAUUAUGUAUGUGUCGACUACAUUCUCCAGUAAUUUAAUUCUUUUUGUCCAUCAUUCAAAUGAAAUAUAUAUAAAGAUAUAUUGCUAAUCGACUUAUUUGAACAUAAAACAAAAUAUAAAAUAAUUGAAAAUAACUUCGAGGUUCUGGUGAGUAUUCCGGAUGAGCGCAUGGACUUGAUCUGGUCUGGAUCUUUCAUCUCAUUCGAUGUCCACUAAUGGAUCUUUCGGUUGUGCAGAAAUAUUCUAAGCCUCCCCAGUAUUUUGUUGAUCCCUUCAUUAAGAUAUGAUUAACAACUUUGUUUCUGGGAGUAGUCCAAUUACAAGACUAAACAUUUCUUCAGUCUAAAUUACAUAUUAUUUUCUGUAAAUUUGUUAUUGUCCAUUUCAACUAUUGAUCUGGAAAAUAAGAACUUUUUCCGCAUUUCUAACAUUAAGUUUGGUAAUACUUUUAUUUCGCUUUUUUUUAAUGUUUUUUUUGUUAAUUUUUUGUCACCUACCCUUUUUUUGUAAACUAUUCUUGCUAUUGUGUAUUUGGUAGAAAGAUUUAUCAAAACUGAAUAUUUUAGUAUGUAUAUGGAAUUUUUGGAAAAUGAUUUUCGUGAUUGGGGAAAAUGUAAGGGGAAAAACAUUCAAACGCUAAUGGAUUGAAAUACAUUUCGCUCCGAUUUUGGAGGCUACUUGAAAACAUUACAUUGUUAGACCUGGAUUUCGGUCAUCUACGCCGUUUUCUUGCAAUGAUUCCCAUAAAUCCCAGAUCGCUACGAAAAAUUUUUGUGUUAACCUUUUAUGUUGCUUAAAAAUACAUAGGUAGACCCACAUAGCAACAAAUUAAAUGUAGAUGUUAUUAAUUGUCAUACAAAUCAUUUUAAUAUAUAAUAUUAGUAUAUGGAAAAUACUUCUUUAAUCAAACAAACACUGAACUUUGAAAUCAAACAUGAAAUAUUUACUUUUGGAUGAAUUCUGGGUGUUGGCACAGAAAAUUAAUUUUAAUAAAUUAAUAAACAAUGCAGUGUAUAGCAUCUCUUUCAUUUUUUUAAUUUUCCGGGAUGAAAAAUAAACCGAAAUGGACUUCCAAAGUUCCCAUGCGAACAUUACAAUGCCAUAUUGGAAUGAAGAUGUCAACUUAUGUUAUUCGGGUUUUACCUGUACUUAUUAUAUUAAUAUUCUUAUACCCUUACAGAAAGUAUUUUUGUCACAAGUUGCAACGCUUCAAUGGAAAAAAUUCUUAAACAGCAUCUCACCAUAGCAAUUUAACUUUACGAUUGACAUUUCAACAGUUUAUUCGGGGUAGUAUUUCUUUGAAGUUUAAACGAACGCUGUAGUCGAGUACCUCGACUAUCAAACACCCUGUAUUCUGAGGGGUGUGAUGGUAUACCAGCAGCAGCGACUGUUUCCGCGCUGCACAGCCGUCUGGAAUCUGUCUGCUUAAUCUAUAUUUUUCGCUCAAGAUACGGACAGACAUACGGACAAACAGUUGAGUCGACAAGAAAUCCCCAUCAAUUAAUUACAGAUAUCAACGAAUCUAGUAUACUCUAUUACUCCGCGAGUAACAGGUAUAUAGACUUCCAAGAUAAAACUAUCGGAUGGGUUCUUUCUCCUCAUAUCCUACGUAUUUCUUUGCUAGUUUUUGACUACCAAUUGACCAACAAGUUGGGCACAAUAUUGUUAGCAUUUGGAAAAUGUAAUUAUCAAGAUUAUUUCUCUAAUUAAUAGAAUUUGAAGCUUAAAUCUUAUAUAAAUGUUUAAAACUAAUAAAAAUAACAAGUAUUUUGGCUUUGUGCUUUCUUCAUUUUUUAACUUCUAUGUUUUAAUAAUGCCCUCUUAUUUAUAUUACUCUCGCAUUGUAAUACUUAUUUGGAUAAGAUGUAACAAGAUAAAAUGCUUAAUCUGACGAAAAUCAGUUAUGAAGAACAAAGGAAAGAAUUGGCACACAAAGCAAUGCAUUGCAUAUGGUUUUUAGCAAUCAAAGGCGAUAAAUUGUAGUAGUUAUUGUGGUUUCUGGGGAAAAAGGGGGGUAUUGUGAAAUGAUGAAAGUGGGUUAACAAAACAACGUCUCGCGAUUUCCCAUGAAAAAUGCUCUCUGAGAAGGAUGAAUAUUUCAAUGCCAUGGCGAAUGGGAAAAGGUAAUGCCUGCCCUUGUAAAAUUUUUAUUAAUUUACCUCCAUACAGCUAAAAUAAUUUAAUUAUUUUCAUAUUCAAGUUUUUUUACAGGUUUAUUUAAUGAAUGUAUGAUGACUUGCAUCGUAUUGCAUGUACAAUGACAUUGGAAUCUUUUUAGACGGAACGUCGCUCUAUUGCACUUGGUGUAAUAUUGUGAACACGAUUAAUAUUUGCACUUUUGGGAUAAUGUCUUAUAUGGCACAACUAUCCAUUUAGGGAUCGAAACCGAUUUCUUCUGCCAGCAAGUAAUUGCACAAUGAGAAGCUUUGCUGUACCUCUACACAAUUUAUUUUGAAGAGGCCUGAACUUCGGGUGCCUUUUGCUGAAAAGUAGGGUAUACUACCUUUCGGCCUUCGGGUAGCUUUUCCCUCGCUUAUUUCUCAUUUUUCUACUCCUUCCAAUCUUUUAAAACAAUACUGGUUUCAAUAAACUAUACGUUUAAAAAACAUCUAGGCGCUACUGCUUCUCGCCUAUUGUAUAAUUUUAUCACCAAAGAGGGCAUCAAUGAAUGAUUAUUAAAUGUUUUAAAAGCAAUAUGUUGUGGCCAUUCAUAUUGAUUGAAACAUGAAACUUCCAGCUAAGUUCAUUAUCAUACGACUAAAUUAUGCAAAAUAAUGCACAUCAGCACAUUAGUGGGCGAAUGUCAGGAGUAAUCUAUGUUUAUAACCAAAAUAAUGAUGUUUUAUCCAUCUAAAUUGAAGUAGAAAUUGGCAAAGGAUAUCUGUUCUUGAGUUACUAAUCUUUUCUUCUAACUUCCUAAAAAUAAAACAGUGAUUCAGUCUUGCUUCAACGGUUUAAAACUACAAAACUGGAUGGUGUCCGUGUCAAAAAGUAAAUGGAUAAUGAAUUUUAUUUGUUGUUUUUUUUAUAAUAAAUGGUGGGUAGUCGGUUUUGAAUUUUUUUUAAUAUUCCAAAAGCUCACAAAGGAAAAGUUUAUCUGAAUUAGUAUGAACUUGUACUUUUACGCAUUAAUAUAUUAUAUGUAUAUUAAUAUAUCAAAUCAAAAAAAUCUCUUAAAUCUUCUUAACUCAGUCUGAUAACUCACAACUAAAUGUAUUGCAUUUAAAUAUGCAUUGUAUAUUGAUAUACAGAAAUACUUUGGUUAUGUAGUAUUGUAAUAAAAUGCGUUCGGCGAUCAAUCAAACAUACGAUAAUCAAGUAUGAGUAUGUUUAUUUGUUUUAAUGCAUUCAAUCGAAAAUAGAUUAUUGCCCAAGACUGCCUAUAUAAAAUAUUUACUAAAUUGUAAUGACCGAAAUAUAACUAAAAAUGUUCGUUUUGUGGAUGAGAUUCUUCCCAAAAUAUUUGCGUGUGGAUUUUUGGGUUCGAGUCAGCGAUUAGCUGUUUUUUCGAUGAAACUCUUCAGCUUUUGCCGAAGAUGAUAUAUUUUCAAGAUCGCAAUACGGUGUCUUUGCUCGCAAAUGAAGUCCAAAUCGACUGGCAGCAAAGCGCUAACUUAUAUCAGGUAAUCUAUGUUAAAAUGCCUCCAGCACUUUUAAGCUAUAAAGUGUUUCUUAAAGAAAAUUAACAUUGUUCGAUCAACGUUGCUUGGUUCUAUAAGACCCUGCAACGUGGGCCUGCUGUCGAUUUUCGGUUUUUUUUUUUUUGUAUUUAUUAUGCAGCACUUCCUUAACUAAGCUGCAUCAUCAGAAUACAUACUACCAGAAUUGUUGACUAAUCCAGUUUAUG